AAUUUUAUAUUGCAUGUUACGUCUAUCCUAUACCUUGUCUGUGAUUAUUACAUUAUAUCUUUCCUUUAAAUAGUACAUAUGCAUGCGCGUUAAUCUUAAAUCUGUUAUGACUGAUUUCGCCGGAACACGUGCGUUGGUGAUGCUUCAAACGAUAAUUGUUUAUAGAUCUAUAAACUUGUAAUAAUUUAAUAAUAAAUAGUUUACAAAAUAUAAAUCAGAAUGCCAGUAAUAAGUAGAGUCGUAAAACCAACUACCCAUAGAGGUAAAAGGGCUAUUUUGAAAAAGGAGCCGAAAUUGGUAGAAAAUGCUAAAGAGACUCUGUGUUUUAAAGGAAAGAACACCUCUCAACUUGUUGUUGAUUUUAUGAAAGAUCUGUAUGACCUGAAAAAGCCCAAUGCACAGAUGUUGCAAAAGAAGAACGAUGUACUGCCAUUUGAAGAUAUCACACUUAUUGAAAAAUUUUCUGCUAAAUAUAAUUCAGCCCUUUUUAUGAUAGCUCUGCACAAUAAAAAACGGCCACAUAAUCUUGUAAUGGGAAGAAUGUAUGAAAACACAUUAUUAGAUAUGGCGGAAUUUGGUAUAGAAAACUAUAAAAGUUUAAAAGAUUUUAAACUGCCAAAAAUUUCUGAGGGGAUAAAACCUUUAUUGGUGUUCAAUGGAGAGCUCUUUGAAAACAAUCAUGAGCUUGAUAGAAUUAAAAAUUUAUUUGUCGAUAUGUUUCAGAGAGAAGUUGUUGAAAAUAUUAGAUUGCAAGGUCUUGAGCACGUUUUAAGUUUUACUGCUGUGGAAAAUAAGAUUCUUUUAAGAAGUUAUCGGAUAUUUUUAAAAAAAUCCAAUUGCCGAACACCAAGAAUAGAAUUGGAAGAAAUAGGCCCAAGAGCAGAUUUAAUAUGUAGACGUACAAAACUUGCUUCUGCGGAUCUUUUCAAACAGGCAUGCAAGAAGCCAAAAGAAUUGAAGAUAAAAAAGAAGAAAAAUAUCUCCAAGAACAAUCUUGGAACAACCUUUGGUCGUAUACACGUUGGAGCACAAAAUCUUAAUAGUAUUCAAACAAGAAAAAUGAAAGGAUUAAAGAAAACAAUGUUAGAAAAGAAAGCCGGUAUUAAACGAAGAAAUUCUGAUAAUGUAACUAAUGAUAGUUCAAAAAAAUCAAAGAAUAUUACUGAUUCAGCUGAUUAAUGGGAACAAAUAUGUAUUUAAAUGUAAAUCUAGUAAUGUUUUUUAUUUGGGAUGUUAUUUAUAAUACAAAAUAUUAUUUAAAUUCUAUUCAGCUAAAAAGUUCAAUUUAGUAUGUCUUUAAACUCCAACAGGUUUCAUUAGCAGAGUCCUACAAACAAAAAACCAGAAUUAUAGUUUGCUAUGUGUAAAAUAUAUAAUUGUUAAAGUAAUUCAAGUACUGUACCUUUACAAUCACCCCGCAUUUGGAAAGAUCGGUUCGGGCUUCGUCACAUGCAGCAAGUAAAACUUUGUCUAAUACAUCUUUUUCUCUGGCCCUAUUUCGAACUGAUUUUCUAAAUUUUAUAAAGUAUUCAAUAAGGUUAUUAACUUUGCAUUCAUCUGCUACAUUAGAAUUUUCAAUUCCGAACUUCGAUAACAUUGUAGAUACGUAACUUGCUACAGUACUUAUAGCAGGUAUACUCCUACUUGUAGAAGACCCCUUUUAUUAAACAAAGUAGAAUAUUUUAUACAAAAAUAACCUUAUUUUAAAUAUAGUUACAUUAAC